UUUGGUGUCGCAACACCGGGGUUAUAACAGCGUCUCGACCUCCCGAUCGCACAUUCGCUCUAUCAUGCUUCUCAAAGUCGUUCUUCUGUGCUGUGUGGCAGGAGCUUUGGCCAGACCCCAGGGUCCAGGGGCGGCAACCAUAGUGAGAUAUGUCAGUGAAAACACAGGCAUUGACGGAUACAACUUUGAGUAUGAAACUAGCGAUGGAGUAAUCAGGAAAGAAACUGGUGUACUACAGAACGCAGGGACCGACAACGAGAUCAUGGUAGUCACUGGCAGUGUGACGUGGACUGGCGACGACGGCAAGAAAUACACCAUCAACUUCACAGCGGACCAGGACGGAUACAAACCGGUCAUCUCGUAGAUUUUGUUAUUUAGUUUUUUUACGUUUUGUACAAAAAAGUAAAAGAAAAGCCUAAA